AUGUUACCAUUCUCAGGCAAAGAUUACCAAGUUUAUGUGAAAGAAGUGGCACUAUGGGAACCUGAUGUGGCAGAUGAUGGUAGUUUUGUUGAGGAAUCCAACAAUUCCAUUGGAUCGUUUGAUGAAGGAGAAGAUGAGUCUUUUGGUUUAAAUUCAGAUAAGGAGAAUGAGGAGUAUGAUCAAAACCAUGAAGAUGAUACUGUUAAUGAAGUGAACAGUGAAACCGAACCUGUACAGGGGGUGGGAAAAAGUGAUGAGGCUGGUAAUGAUGAAACAGGGAAGAAUAAACCUCCAAAUGCUUAUGUACCAUUGGUGGGUAUUGGUUCCGGUUCAGCUAAGAGAAUUGACCUUGAUAACGUGCAGUCAGAGGAUCAAAGGAGUAGUGAUAGUAUCUCGAAGCCACCUGGUUUCGGGGGUAAGGUGUUCAAAGAAUCUCGCGGUUCUUUUCACUAUUUAGAUGACAAUCCUAGGAAGUCGUGGAGUACGGGGUCGGUAAAGAUUUUGAAGAAAACUACUCCAUCUGUGGGGGUUAGCUCUUGUGAAGAGGUGAGUAAGUUCAUUGAAUUAGGAAAAAUCUUAGGAUACGAUGUGGAGAAUGCUAAGGCGGAUUUGAAAAACCGUCUAAUCGGUAUGGGAGUGCUUCAAUCUUGA